AUGACAACAACAUCAUUCAAUCGAUAUUCACUGGUACAACGACCACUACGUAGUCUGACCAUCAGUAAAUUUCAUCAUCCCUUCUCAGAUAUAAGAUACAGGUCAUCGGAGGAGAGACUCGAGAAUGAGCGUCUCCAGCGUAUCACCGAAUUGGCAGCAUUCAGAUCACUGCUCAGCACAAGUUUGGAGCAUCUCUCCACCGAACUGGACCAAAUCAAUGAGUUUCUAUCAUCGGACUUGAACAAACAAGGAAGUCUGACAUCGAUCAUUUCCACAAACGACGACGAGGAGUUUCCCAAAGAGUUGGCACGACUGGCACAUGAACGUAUCCAAUCACUGGUCCUACACACUGCUACGAUUGGAGAUAGAGGAAUCGAACCACUCUACGAUCUCCUCGAAAGUCCAUCACUCUGUAACUUGACAUGCUUGAAGUUGAUCGACACAGAUGUCAUGGGUGGGCUCAGCUAUGACCUCACUCAAGAUUGUGAGGAUUUAUUUGACAGUCUCUUGAACAAUGCAUUCCAACUCAGUUACCUUGAGCUGAGUCUGGAGUUCUACCCCAAUGACUACACCGAGCAUGAUAUGACAACUUUCGAGGUGGCCCUGCUCAGGUAUCUCAAGAGCGAAUCAUCACUCAGAACAUUCAAGUUCAAUCAAUCUUUGAAUGAUGAAGACAAGGAGAUCAGUCGAUACCUAUUCCAAUCAGCACCAUCAUCAACACUCACCAACCUGAGCAUUGGAUUCCUUCAAUGUCCAUCAUUUGCCAUCACAAGACAACUGGAUAAGCUCGAGUUUGAAGAUUUUCAUCGACGAAUUGAAGAUGAAGAUUAUAAUGAUGAGUUCAUCAAGUCGAUUGAUCAACAUGUUCGACACUUCAAGACAUCAAACUGUGAAUUAAUCAUAAAGCACAACAUUCGAACAAGUAUCAUCACAACGGACUUUAUCGAGAUGAUCGACACUAAAUCAGAAUCAAUGUGUACAUGGUUGAAGGACAAUGACCGCACUCAAUACAUCUACAACACAUUGAGAGACCAAAUUGAACGAACUGGAAUUAAGCCAAACAUCAGCGAAUUCAACGCAAUCAUCCAACAACAUCCAUCAAUAAUCAACAAGUCAACAUGGAACUGGUGUACCAAUGCUGUAGUUGAUGAAUGGUGA